AUGGGUGAAACAAAUUCCUCCUCAACAAACAACCUGAAUCCCUACAAAGAUCCUCUCUUUAUUGCAGUAAAUGAGAGUGCUGCAACACCACUUGGAAGUAUCUUGUUUGAUGGAAAGAAUUUCCUGAAUUGGAGCAGAAGCAUCAGGAUUGCUCUUGGUGCCAAGAACAAACUGGGAUUCUUAGAAGGGAAGCAUCCUAAACCUUCUGAAGGUCCUGAUGAAAUCCAGAAAUGGACUAGAUGUGAUUAUAUGGUGAGGUCAUGGUUGUUGGCCACCAUGAAGCCUGAAGUUGCAAGCAGCCUUGUGACUAUGCAAUCAACUAAGAGGUUGUGGGAAGAAAUUGUUGAAAGGCAUGGGCAAACAAGUGCUCCUCUUCUCUUUCAACUGAAAAAAGACAUGUGGGAACUGCAGCAAGGGUAUCUCAGUGUAAGUGAAUACUACUGCAAAUUGAAGGAUUUUUGGGAUCAAAUCUCAGAAAUUGAAGACAUACCAGAGUGUUCUUGUGGAGCUCUGGCAAAAUGCAGCUGCAGCAUUGUCAAGUUCUGUUUUGAGCUUUUUCAUCUAAUUUGUGUCAUCUCCAGUGACAAGAAGAUCAUCAACAUAAACUAG